ACCAAUGUGGGCGUGGCCACGGCACUGGUCAGAGGCCGCGAGAGCGAGCGCGAGCGCGAGCGCAGUAACUCCCGAUGAGCGAGUGCAUGAUGAUGUACUUUACCGGAGUUUGUCCGGUAAUGUCAUGAGUGUAAACGUCUCGGAAACCAUCUGGUCUACGCCGCUAAGAUGAACACACCACCAAGAGGAUUUUAAAAUGUUUUUGAAGACAAAGUAAACCUCGAGGAGCGUCUGUCUGGAUGAAAUUGACAGAAAGACGUUAGGAUAGAAUAUAAACACAACAUUACAGCUGGUAGGGGGAGCAGUGAAGCUAUAAUCUGAGUAUGGGCCCUGAGGAGCUGCCUGACUUUAUGGACACGAUGUCGAGCACUCCUCCUCCCUCUCCUCGUCCUGUUUGUUCCUCAUUCUCACCUCCUCACUGCUCUCCACCAGUCGUGACCUUACGCUCCCCUGCCACUCGUCACCUGACUCAGCUUGACCUUUGGAGGAGACACAGCUGGGAACCUGGAGCUGUGGCACAGGGAUAUCCACCCAAUGACACACGCAGUGUGAGUCUUGAAGAUCUGGACCCGGAUGAGAUGUCCUUAGUGCUAAACGGUGCAUUGAGGUCAAAAAGAGCUCGAGAAGCCCGCAGGUCUGUCACUCAAGCUUCCCUGACGUCACUUACUGAGGAGGAAGUUGGAGCAGAGCAUCAGGAACAUCAUCGAUCAGUGCUGGAGGAACAGUCCAAUCAGAUGCAUGGCUGCAGUGUCUCCGCCCCCAGCCUGUGUAUGAUGCAGCAGAUGCCUAGAAGCUCCGCCCCUCGCCCACGCUCCUACUGUCAUGAGAGUGUUUCUUACCAUCAGAUUGGAGGAUCAUCUCACAGUAUAGACAGUGAGUUUGCGGCUCCAGGCUGGGACAUAGAUAGAGGGCAAAUAAAGGCUGAGGGGCACGAAAACAAAGAGGAUGCCUCAGGAAAUCGUCUGGAACGAACACUGAGCUUCCUGCGCAAGAUGACUGCUAAAAGCAAGGUUCCCCUCAUAACCCAGCCAAAGUCUAAGUACACUGUUGGCAUGGCGACAGAUGUGGCCAAGGCAGGAAAAGAAUCUCCCCUCCUCUCCCUUCGGCUCUCUUCCCAAAAGAAAACGUCCACCAUUUUCUGCCUUUCCCGGUACACAGAGGUAAUCUGCAGAGGUGCAUGCAGAGCCACUCCAAUACUGCAGCAUUUAGAAACAUUGGCUACAGACUUCCCAAUGUUAUAUGUUGUAUCUAAAUGUUUUUAUUAUUAAAUGUUAAUUUGCAUAAUAAAUUAACUAUCCAUUGUUUCAUUUUCAUUUAAGGUAAUAACUGAUCUGAUUUUACUCAAGGGUGCUUUUUGCUUGCUUAUGCAGACCACAAGCUAGUUCCUUCUAGCGGUACAGUCCUCUCUGAGAAAUGCUGAAUAGGUGUUGGUGCUGAAGUUGAUGUCAUUGUUUGUUUGAAGGAGUUCAGCGACCGGGUUUGAGAGGCUCCAGUGCUGUUGUUGCUUUAGGACCAUCAUUACAUCAUGACAGAUGGUAGCAUCUAUUGUACUUAAACCACACAGAUGUUUCCAUCGUAUUAACUUGUGACAAGCCUAAUAUGCAGAUUUUUUUAGGAUUUUGCAAAGACUAAAACCGACUGGUA